AUGGCAUCCCCAUUGACGCCCGCCCACCAUUCCACCCUGAACUGCGCAACUCCCGCGACCAGCCGCCGCUACGACGAUUACGAAGUGCGCGCCUACACCACCUAUUCCGACAUGGCAGACGGAGGGAACGACGAGGGGGACUCCUCCCCCUUUGUCAGCACUGUCCAGGACGACAACCAAGAAAACAUCGUCCCGGCCAAGGUGCGCCCUGCCUCGAGGAUCAUGUCCGGCACCGAGCUCUCCCCCCUUAAAAUCCUGCAGGACCGGGCUCCGUCCGCCGGCGACCUGAGCGUCCCCGGGAGCGCCACUCUGCCUCCUGCUCGGAGCCCGCGCAAGUUCAUCCCCGAGAAACGAUUCCCCGUCAAGGUCUCGCUCGACGAGACCCCGAGGGCGCCGCGACAGCAGCCCUCCACGCCGCAAUCGCCGGCCCCGCAACAGCAGGAGCAACAACAUCCCUCGCCCCGGGCGGCGCAAGCAGAAGAGCGCACAGCCAACUUGGAGGAGAUCAUCCACGAGAACCCCGGCCUGAAGCAUGCCAUCGAUAUCCUCGAGGACGACAGCGAAGUCCUUGACAACGAUGACCACGCCGGCAGCGAUGACUCGGUGAUUCACCACGCAGCUGACGAGGUGGUGGACGAGGACGAUGCUGCUGCCGGUAUCGAUGACACCAUGGUCAGCACGUUCAGCACAUUCUCCGCCCUGCCCAACCUCACAAUGUUUGCCAAACUCGGCCAGAGCCCAACCAAGUUUGGCGACGGACUCACCCCGCGAGCACCGAGGGGCCCGCCCUCACCAUCACGCACACCCCGCGCGGGCCCGUUGCCCAACAGGACAGCCCAUUACGAGUCAACGGGCAACACGACAAGCCUGCUCAUGGACUUCACAGAGCAGCUUCGCGUCGCCCAGAGGAAUCAGUCUCCACCGAGGAAUGGACGUGUCUCUCCCUCCAAGAGCGCUCCCGGUCAGGUCCCCCAGACGCCCCAGCGAUCCAACCUCGUGAACCUGCUCGACUUUGAUAUCCCGCCUCUACCCACACCACGCAGUAUCCCCACCAUCACGCCGCGAGAGCUGGAAAGCCUCAAGUCGAACUUCCUCUCGGAGAUCUCCAGCCUCAAGGCGUCCCUCAGCGGCAAGGAGGCCGAAGUGCAGUCCCUCAAGACCGCCGUCGGCGAUGCCGAGAAGCGCGUGGGACAGUCGAUGGAGCAGCUGCGCGAGGAGAGGAGCCUGCGGGAGGCGCUGGGCGAGGAGAAGGACAGCUGGGAGAAGCGCGGCCGCGACAUGGAGAACGUCCUCCGCAAGGUCAAGGAGGAGAUCGUCAUCGGCUCGCGCGAGAGGGAGGAGCUCGAGGCCAAGCUGACCGAGGCCGAGCAGCGCCGCGAGGCCGCCGAGAUGAUGGCUCAGGAGGCCGAGUCCAAGAUGGCCGGCAUGCGCGCCGGCAAGGCCUCGGCGGAGGCGGCCGCCUCGCCAGACAGGGUCAGGAGUCCCGGCGGCGGCGGCGGCGGCGGCGCGUCCUCGACGCAGCGCGAGGUCGAGGUCGCCGUGGAGCGCGUGGCGCGCGAGCUGCACGCGGCCUACAAGACCAAGCACGAGACCAAGGUGGCGGCGCUCAAGAAGAGCUACGAGAGCCGCUGGGAGAAGCGGGUGCGCGAGCUCGAGGCCAGGAUCGUCGAGGCGUCGGAGGAGAACGAGAAGCUGCGCCUGGGCCGCGACGCGACCAUGACGCGCGUGGCCGUGCCGUCGGCGGCCGAGGCCGAGGCCGAGGAGGAGCGCAAGGCGCGGGCGGCGCGCGACUCGGCGCAGAUCAAGCAGCUCGAGGCCGAGGUCGAGAAGCUCGAGGCCGUGGUCAAGACGGUGCAGGGCGACAACGGCGAGCUGCGGUCGCUGCUCGAGGCCGAGCGCGUCGAGAAGGGCGAGCUGGUCCAGCUGGCCGAGGAGAUGAUGGCCAUGCAGCAGCAGAGCUUCAUCGCGACGACGCAGGAGCGCGAGCAGCGCGAGCAGCGGGAACAGCGGGAGCGGGAGCGGGAGCGGGCGCCCGCUCCGACGCCGUCCGCCGCGCGGGCGACGCCUAACAAGCGGCACUCUGUCAUCGGCACGCCCUCCCGGCGGCAGACGGUCGCGCCCGUGCCGGCGCCGGCCGAGCUGGCGGCGCCGCGCAGCGCGAAGCGCAUCUCGGGCCUCAAGGCGCCGAGCUCGAUCGCGAGGUCGGGUAUCCGGCCCCCCGGUCACGAGCGCAAGUUCAGCAGCGGCGGGCCGGUCGGCAUCCCUAGGCCGGGUAGCGGAUCCGGGUCGAGGAGCGGCAUCAUGAGCUCCAUCGAGAAGAUGGGCGCCUAUCGGGGCAGGGGAGAGUGA